AUGAUAGCUCAGAUUUCCACAAACUCAAUUUCCCUCAACUCUAUUUUCAAUUCAUUGAGCCAACAAUGCUCGAACUUAUCAAAAAUUAGUAACUCGAAUGUAUCUGACUUAGAAAAGCUAGUUUCUGACAUCAAAAAUAACAUUUACAUGCUUAAGCAAGCAAAUGAAAAUAUGAUGGAAUGUGUAUACAAUGACAGUAUCAUAUUAAAUGACCAAAACAAAAUUUACUUAAAAAUCCAAGAAGUCUCAGCCGAAAUUGAAAACUUAAAAGCUGAAAAACUCAAGCAUAUCAGACUGAAAAAAAUCCUUGAUAACUUAUUUCACCAACAGUCGAUUUUUCCAGAAAGAUUCGACUUGAAGAAAAAAAUUAGAAAAAUUCAGCGCCAGCUCAGAGUUCUUGAUGAAAAAAUACUUUAG